UUCUCGUGCAUUACUAGCCCCCAUAAAAGCAAUCAACAUGAAUAUAAUUAUUUUCUUGUAUAUCGCUUUAUUUGGCAACAUGGUAUUAGCUAGCCAUUUGGAGGAGGAUCAUGGUGGUUCAACAUAUGAAGAGAAAACAAAAACUGUGGAAAUUCCAAUUAUUAAGAAAUUUGCUAUACCUAUUCCGCAUCCUGUGCCUGUUGAAGUGCCUAAAGAAAUUAAAAUACCAGUGCCUCAACCAUAUAAAGUACCAAUCGAAAUCCCUCACCCAUAUCCAGUGGAAGUCAUUAAACACGUCGAGAUACCUAUUGAAAAACCAGAGCCAGUUGUUGUCGAAAAGCAUGUUCCUUAUGUUGUGGAAAAGCCAUAUCCCGUUUACGUGGAGAAGAAAUUCCCUGUGCCAGUGGCGAAACCAUAUCCUGUUCAUAUUCCAAUUUACAAACACGUGGUCCAUUAUACGUCUUCCAAGGGUAAAGGAUGGAAAUAGAAUUCACGGAUAUUACGUAUUAUCUUAUUAUCGUGUUCCAUCAAGAAAUUCAUUGUACGGAAAAAUCCUCUCGAUUUCAGCCAAUUCAACAAUUGUAUUAAUGCAAAUUUUUUGUGAUAUCUUGAGAACUUUUUUAUUUGAAUUUGUUAACAAUAACUGUACGUAGAUCUUCUCUUGAUAUUUAUAUUUAUUUCUAAUUAAAAUCAGAAAAAAAUGUUAAAUUCUAUAACGUAUAUUUGUAUUUUUUCUUUGUUAUGUUAUAGAAUUUAUCGUUGUUAGGAUUUUUUAACCUGGCAAUUCUUUCUAUAAAUAAUGUUACAUGUUUUUUUACAUGAUUUGUUACAUGUUACAUGUUGUUAAGUUUUUUUAUUAAAUAUAUAAAAUAUAUAAAAUACAUAUUAAUUUUUUAAUAUUUGUUAAUAAAUGUUAUCAAUCUAAAAUGUUUUAUUACUUGUUAAUUUAAACAUUAACUUUCGAUUAAACAAAAUAAUUUAAAUCUAUUCCACAAAUAAUAUAAUUAUAUAUUUCCGUACUGUAUUAGAAAAAAAGGAACAAAGUAAAAUAUUUCAUUCCAAU